AUGAAAUUCUCUCGAUUCAUUCCGCGGUCACGGACCCCAGGUCUACCUGCGUACGGCGAGCAAGAGCCCAACACAUUCGAAAAUGGCUACCGGCCGUCACCGCCCCCAGGCGCUAUCACCCCUUAUCUCGGACUGCGAUCUCGUUUAUCACAAAUUUGGUUCAAUCGAUGGACCAUACUACUGCUGCUCAUUCUCGCUCGAGUACUUGUAGCCAUCGGCUCUCUAGAUGGAAACCUGGUCUCCGCAAAGAGAGAGGCUUUGUCCGCUUGCUCAAGUGUAGAAUCCGUGGGUAGCACCAUGGCCUCGAUGCCUCAUUAUAUGGCUCAGGGAGUCAAUGAGUUGACCGCGACAGGGGUGGAGAAGGCUAUCAAUGGGCUUAUGUCGAUGCUCGAACUUACUGUCACCGGUGUUGAAGAGAUAUUCGUUUUUUUCGUCAACGUUAUGACCCAGACAUACCUCUGUCUUAUCACGCUGGUUGUGUCUGGAAUGAUGAAUGCUGCCAUUGACGUCCUGAAAAAGGCAACUGAGUUCCUUGAUGAUAUCACCGGCAAGCUCGGAAAUGCCAUUGGCGAUGGGAUCAGCGACUUCGAGGAUGCAAUUAACGGUUUUGGCGAUGUCAUCAAUAUGUUUGGCACCAAACUCCCCAAACUCAACCUUGAUGGUCCAAUCAAGGAACUAGAAAAUCUCUCAUUACCGGACGGUUUGACGGACGAUCUCAAUAAGCUGAAGGAAAAAAUCCCGAACUUUGAGGAUGUCAACAAUUUUACAAACAAUGCUCUCCGCAUGCCCUUCGAACUUGUGAAAAAGCUCAUCAGAGAUGAAAUCGACGAUUACAAAUUUGAUCGAUCUGUAUUCCCGGUGCCAGCGAAGGAGCAACUCCAAUUUUGCAAUGAAGAGGGUGGCAUCCAUUCUUUCUUCAACAAAUUGGCGUCGCUUACAAGCACUGCUAAGAAAAUCUUCAUUGGCGUGUUAGUUGUCAGCGCGAUAUUGGUUUGUAUCCCAAUGGCGUACCGUGAAAUGCGAGCCUGGCGUGGUAUGAAAGAGCGAUCUUCCUUGGUUCGAAGAGAGGCUCACGACCCCAUGGAUGUUGUAUACAUCGUUUCAAGACCUUUCGCCUCAGCAGCUGGCCUAAAAGCCGCAACUUGGUUCAGUGGACAUCGUAGGCAGGUGCUCGCGCGAUGGGUCGUUGCCUACGUCACAUCUCCACCAGCGCUUUUCCUACUCUCCCUGGGUGUUGCUGGACUGUUCUCAUGUGCUUGCCAAGCCAUGCUUCUGACAGCUGUGAAAAAGGAGGUCCCCAGUCUCACAGAACAGGUCGGCCAGUUUGCUGACAAGGUCUUUUUUGCUCUCAACAACGCCUCCGAACAAUGGGCAGUCGGCACCAACCGUGUCAUCGACGAUACGAACGAUGAUAUCAACCAAAAGGUCUUUGGUUGGGUUAACCAAACGACAGGUUCAGUCAACAACACCCUCAACGUCUUUGUCGACGAAACCAGCAACGUCCUCAAUCGAACCUUUGGUGGCACGAUCCUCUACGAACCAAUUAAGGACGUCCUACAUUGCCUCAUCGGCCUGAAAAUCGAAGGGGUCCAAAAAGCCUUGACUUGGGUGUCUGUACAUGCCAAGGUGGACUUCCCAAACUUGGCCAACGACACAUUUUCCCUACGUACCCUCGAAAAGCUCUCCAAAGACAACGAUUCAAAUGCAGACAGCUUUCUCAUGAACCCGGGCGAUAAGACCACUGACAAGAUCAGCGAAGUAGUCCAGCGUGUCACAGACUCUGUAGAAUCUGGUAUCCGAACUGAAGCCAUCAUCUCGGCUGUUAUCAUCUCCAUCUGGUUUGCCGUGCUACUGAUGGCUAUCGUUCGAGCUCUGACGCUCUGGUACGGUGCUGACAAGAACCGUGGCGACGGAAGUGGUGAUUCUGAAUUUCCCCACCCCGAAACGUUAUCCAGAGACGCGGCGGGUUUCAGUGAUAUUCCUCUUGCAACUCCAACUCAUGUCAGUCCGGGAAUGGCAGACACUUCGGUACCGGUAUACACCACAAGACCUCCCGCACAGGCCUUUAAUGGGGGUUAUAAUGCGGAAGAUUAUUAUCAGGAGCAGAAGCUGGGAUUUGCUGGCCAGCGGGAGUUGAGAAGGGACGUCGAAGGCCAUGCACGGAAGAGCAGCUAUGGAGAGGUUGAAUAUACGAAUGAUGUUAAGAGAUAA